CUCUCUCUCUCUCUCUCUCUCUCUCUCUCUCUCUCUCUCUCUCUCUCUCUCCUCAUGAUCUCCAUGGAGGAAAAUUAUCAGAAUCAAAACCAUUUCCCUCCUUCUACUAUAUCAGCCGAUACUUCAUCAUUCUCAUGUCCAUUUCGACUUAAUCCUCGUCAAGAUCAAGAAGAAAAUCAUUUGCUUCAUCAUCAUCAUCAUCAAGAGUUUGGUUUGCAGACAAAUGAUCUCAUGUCAGUUGGAGGACCGAGCAGUCAUUCUGCACUCAAUCAAACUACCAGUAACCAUAAUCAGCAAAUUGAAGAUGAGCAUGCACAGGGAUCAACUAAGUGGAUGUCCUCGAAGAUGCGAUUAAUGAAAAAAAUGCUAGGCACAGAUCAAAUUCUCACUAACAAACAAAGAAGAUCACAAUCUCUCCAAGAUCAAACACAGCUUAAUCAAGCAAGCCGCAGCAGCAACAUUUCAUCCAAUGAAAUCAUCAGGGUAUGCUCUAGUUGCAAAACUACAAAGACCCCUCUAUGGAGAAGUGGCCCUCAAGGCCCCAAGUCUCUUUGUAAUGCUUGUGGGAUAAGGCAAAUGAAAGCGAGGCGAGCAAUGAGAGCAGCAGCAGGAUUAAGCAACAGUCUCAUCAACACUGCUGAAUGCAAGAUUCAGAAAGAGGAGGAGAAGAGAUCAGAUGUGGAUCGAACCGUUCCUUUUAAAAAGAGAUUUAAGAUUGUGACCCCAGCUUCUUCUCAAAAGAAAAUUCAAUUUGAUGACAUUGCAAUGAGUUUGCGGAACAAGUUAGCUUUUCAUCAAACUUUUCCUCAAGAAGAAAAAGAUGCUGCUAUCUUGUUAAUGGCUCUAUCAGGUGGCCUCAUACAUGGUUGAAUAUUAUUUACUUAGUUGUUUUUUGACAUCUUAAGAUGUUUGUUGUUAACUAUUUUAGUAUGAAGUAAGGGAUGAGAUAAGAUGUUUUGUGUGAGAGUAAUCUGAAAUAAAAUUUUCUAUGAGGAUAAUCUUUCUUCUUUUUUUUAGUAUGUGGGAAAAUAAGUUUGUAUCAUUGUUUUAAGUAGUAUAAAGACAAUAAGAGAAGGACCAGCUGCUUUUUUUUC